CUUCACAUCUACACCCUGAGAUACUCACGCUGGCUUUACACUCACACAUUUCAACAUUUCAGCGUUUAAUACGCCACGAACAAAAACACCAAACGGGGGAAUAUGACUCGGAACUCUCCCGCCAUGAAAAGAGGUCGAGAUUCCAGUACAGAACAACAAAGUGCCACCUCCUCAAACGAUCUCAAGGGAGCUAAAGGGAAGGCCGUCGGAAAGAAAAGGACGAGGGUGGCCGAGCUCGCCGAACCCCGCACCAGCUCAGAGGACGGCGGCGGCCUGAGAGGACAGAAUAGGAAAAUCCAAGAGGACGGGGAGGGUCCUCUGAAGAAGACAAAAAAGAGGAAACAUCUCGUCCUCGAGGAGUCAAUAUCUACUUCAGCAGAUCCUGUUGCAGCUGAAUUUGAGGCCAAAUACGAGCAGCAGGAACCGCUUGGCAAAGGAGGGUGUGGAUGUGUGUUUGCAGGCUUUCGCAGAGCAGAUAAUCUUCCUGUUGCUAUCAAACACAUUGCAAAGGAUAAAGUUUACUGCAAGCAAGUGGACAAGAACGGGAGGCAGCUCUCCUCUGAAGUUGCCGUCAUGUUGAAGCUUGCAGCUGGAAGGAGAAGCUCCGUGCCGGCGGUCGUGUCCAUGCUGGACUGGUACGACCUGGACGAUGAGCUGAUCCUGGUGCUGGAGAGACCGGUUCCCUCCCAUGACCUGUUCAGACACAUCGAGGUCAACGGAGGCUCGCUGCAGGAGGAGGAGGCCAAGGUCAUACUCAGACAACUGGUGAUCGCCGCCAAAGAUCUUCAGGGAAAAUGCAUCUUUCACCGGGACAUAAAGAUCGAGAACAUUCUGAUCGAGACCGGUUCAGACGUCCCACAAGUUCGCAUUAUCGACUUCGGACUGAGCUGCUUCACGAAGCAGAGGUCUUUUUACCGCACGUUCUACGGUACAUCUGAACACACCCCUCCAGAGUGGUUCAGUCGCAGCAGCUACACCGCCGGGCCCACCACCGUCUGGCAGCUGGGUGUGGUGAUGUUUGAAAUGCUCCACAGAAACCAGCCGUUUGAGACCAGGACGUUCUUGAAAAAGAAAACGAGAAUCAGGAAGAACCUCUCAGAAGAUUGUCAGGACGUCUUGACGAUGUGUUUGAGCAAAGACCCCAACCAGCGACCGACUCUGGACCAGCUCCUGCGUCACCCGUGGCUCAUAUAAACUAGUUCCCUCUCUAUGACAGAAACAUUUAUUGCA